AUGCUGUGUGAGGGCUACUCUGACCACUGGGGUGGUCACCACACAGGGUUCCACUGUCCCCGCCUCUCUGACCCCCCUGACCUGUCCUUCUGUUGCUGGCUGGGAGAGGGGCUGGGGCUCAAACAGUGCUGCCCACGUUCACAGAACAACAACAGCAUGAACAGCAGUCAGACAGAGACCGGAGGGAACUCCAAAGAACCUGUUUACAGGUUAGUAACCAUACUCACCUAAACCUGUAGGCUAGUAUGGCUACCCUAGGAGAGCAGAACUUUCUAUCCAGAAUUUAUGUUGUGUUUUUCCUUAGAGUGAGUGAGUGUAUGGUAGGCUUUUUAGUUGAUAUAACAUACUUCACGCCCUAUACUUGUUGCUUUUGUGGAAAUAUAAGCAAAGCUUACACUUCAAUAAUUAAUUAACAAGCUGUUAGGAAUAUAUUAGAGACAGAUGGUGUUGUUUGUGACUCAUUUCAGCCUUAGAACUCUUUGGAGCUUUGAUAAUAUUGAUAUUUCCUGUGUUGUUUUUGCAUUGUUGUGAUGGAUGUUUUUUUGUUUUUUGUGGGAAACUGAUAAAAACAAGUUAUUAUCCUAAACUUUGGGCACUGUCUGCAAACAUGACUUUCAUGAAAGCAUCAUAGUCAUUGACCACUGGAAAGCUUGGCCCUGGUUUUUCAUGAGAGCUUUCUGUUUUGAUUUCAAUACAGCUACAGGUCCCUGUUCCAGACUGUGGUUCUGCUCUAUGGGUCCUUGGUAUUUGUCCUGAUGCUUGUGGACUUCCUAUGGUUCUGUCGUGCGCAGGGUCUCUCAGUAACGUCAGCUCUUAGGAGGCAUAUCACCUGUCCUCGCUGGAUCUCUAGCCUCCUCUUCCCCUACAGUAACAAGACACAGCAGCAGCUCUACCGCUACCAUGGCAAUGGGAGGGACUCAGGAGUCCUAGGUGAGCACAAGAUCCCUCAAGACUCCUCUUGUCUCUAA